CACGCACACGCACUCACGCGCAUUCAUAAAUGAGACGCUCUUCGGCUGAGUUAGCUAGCUUCGUGAGCCGUGCUCUGCUGACAGCAUCCGACCAAGCGAUUCCAACUCGGGCAUGGACUCCGUCGCUAGAACAAACCCUCCACCAACUCGGUUGCCGCGACUCGCUCACUCCGACCCUCGUCGCCCGAGUCAUCGACCCGUUCCUCCUCCACCACCACUCCCUCGCCUUCGGCUUCUUCAACUGGGCUUCCCAGCAACCGGGCUUCUCCCACACCCCCGCCACUUAUCAAUCCGUCCUCAAAUCCCUCUCCGUUUCCCGCCAAUUCAACUCCAUUGAUAAGCUCUUGAAGCAGGUCCGAUUACAAAAGUUUUUUCUACAUCCCUCCAUUUAUCGUACAGUCAUUGGUUCCCUUGUCUCCGGGAGGAAAACCCAUUCGGCGUUCUCGGUCUUCUGCGAUGCUGGUCCGAUCGUUCCGGAGAUUGGGCCAGAGGUUUGUAAUUCGCUUCUCGCGGUGUUGUCUUCUGAUGGGAGUAUCAAGAGUGCUCACAAGGUGUUUGAUGAAAUGAUUGACAGAGGUGUUCGCUUGAGCACUCUUGGUUUUGGGGUUUUCGUAUGGCGGGCUUUUCGGCAGAAGGGAUUAAAUGAGAUUUUCAGUUUGCUGGAUGAUGUGAGGAAGGUCGAUUUUUCGGGAAUCGACGGCUCAAUAGUCGCCCUUCUGGUUGUUCAUGGUUUGUGUACGGAAUCCCGUGUGAAGGAUGCAAUAAUUGCCCUCGAAGAAUUAAGAAAACGAGACUGCAAGCCUGAUUUCAUGGCGUACAGAAUAGUUGCCGAGUCAUUGCGUGAGAUGAGGAGUGUGGUUGACAUGGACAUGAUUUUAAAGAAGAAACGUAAGUUAGGGGUGGCUCCAAGGGCUAGCGACUACAGAGAACUUAUUCUUCAGUUCGUAUCCGAAAAACUUAUCUCUGAAGCCAAAGAACUCGGUGAAGUGAUUGUGAGUGGGAAUUUCUCGAUCGACGACGAUGUUCUGAACGUGCUUAUAGGAUCCGUAUCCGCUACAGACCCUCUGCAUGCAGUCUCGUUUAUGAAAUCCAUGCUCAAAAAGGAAAAAUUGCCAACUCUACUUACAUUAACCAACUUGAGCGAAAAUCUAUGCAAGCACGAAAAGGGAGACGAGUUGGUCGAAGUUUUCCAGCUUCUGUCUGCAAAAGAUUACUUCAUGGACUUAGAGAGCUACAAUGUGAUGGUUUCCUCUCUCUGCAAGGGUAAAAAGGUCAAAGAAGCUUAUCAGGUGCUUCACGAGAUGAAGAAGAAAGGCGUGGGCCCGGAUGUUUCGUCUUACAAUUUUCUUCUAGAAGCUCUCUGCAACGAGGAUCUAGUGCGGCCCGCUAAACGGUUAUGGGAUGAGAUGUUUGCUAGUGGCUGCUGUGGAAAUUUGGUGAGUUACGGUAUUAUUAUUCGGAAAUUCUGUGAAGUAGGAUUGGUCGAAGAUGCUUGCCGCCUCUUCCACCACAUGUUUGAUAAAGGGUUGAAACCGGACGAGUCGAUAUACAAAUCUCUUCUUCAAGGCCUUUGCCAGGCGAGAAAACCCGAAACUGCCCUUGAAGUCUUCCAUAAGUCGGUUGAACAGGAUUUAACACUAGCGAAGACUUUACUGAAUCCAUUUGUUAUUUGCCUGUGCCAAGAAGGUUUCCUCCAUCGAGCGUCUAAAUUAUUGCGUGAGCUCACGUGCGUUGUAGUAAGCGUGGAGUCCCAUUUUACUUUGCUGAGAUACUUAGAUGAUAUUGGAGAUAGUUUGUUGAGCGACGAACACAUACAAUGGGUUGCAGAUAAAUCGCCUUUAUUGCUGCAUGCUAUUCGAACUGGUAGGGAACGCCACAUCAGCAAAAUCCACAAUUUUUUUGAUUUUCCAUGAUUGUGAAGAUAAUAGGGAAU